AUGCAAAUUUUGUUUUUGUUUUUAAAUAUUUUGAACUCGAUGGAGGACUUGGCGAAGAAACUUGAUGAGGAUUUGGACAAGUUCAUGCAAGAUUUUGCCGCCAAAAAGGAGAAAUCUCGUGGAGGAGCGCCUUUCAAUUUUUCUGAAUGGUGUAAGGAGGUCGAUCAACAUCCUGCAUUCGUUAAGGAACUUAAAAUUGGCCCGGAUGGCGAAUAUUCAGCCGAAAUUCAGGCGUUACAGGCGUUAAAAUAUGAUAAACAAUCUAAUAGUCACAAGGUUUCGAUUAGAGAUGAUGUCACAUAUCAAAAGAAUAUUAGUUCAUCUACCGACCAACAACAUGUUUUUCCGCUAGUUAUUUUGUACCCGGAGUAUUGCCAAACUGAUUUUAUUCGUGAAUGCCCUGAUGAUGAACUUUUUGGUGACGUACUUUAUGAAGUUUUUGAACAGCCUGCUGAAUGGGAUAAAGAGGAACAUAAAUUUCGUGCUUCAAAUGUUCUUUUAUGUAUGUCAUUAAAAUCUAAAGAUGGACAGAAUCCAAUUGUUCGUGAAAUAUUACCGAAUGUGCAUUCCCUUGGUGAAGUUCUUAAAUGGCCAGAUGUUGUUAUUAGUGAGGGUGUUCCAGCAUUACAAAUAUAUACUAAAGAAUGGUUUUCUUCAAAUAUGAAAUUAAUUGAUAAGAAGAAGAGAAUAUUUAUAAAAAAUUAA